UGUGGAGGUCGCAGCGCCUGCGCAGUCACUCUUCCUCCAGGCGGCCGCCAUGGCGGGACAAGAGGAUCCGGUGCAGCGAGAGAUUCACCAGGACUGGGCGAACCGGGAGUAUAUUGAAAUCAUCACCAGCAGCAUCAAGAAAAUCUCGGACUUUCUCAACUCUUUCGAUAUGUCUUGUCGUUCAAGACUCGCGACACUAAAUGAGAAAUUGACAGCCCUUGAGCGGAGAAUAGAGUACAUUGAAGCAAGGGUGACAAAGGGUGAGACUCUCACCUAGAGCUGUGCCUGCUGCUGCUGGGAAGUUGCUGUACAGAACACUGGCUAUGUGGGAAAGGCCCAGCAGCCUUCCGCUCCUCCUCUCCUCACAGAGCAACAGGGCUUUUCUUGUUUUUCUUUUUUCAAAAGUGGCCUUUGGGCUCUGCCGUGUGCACCUGGGUUGUGAUGUGGCAUGGGGAAGAAGUCCAGGGACCUCUUGGAAACAGCAUUAGGCAUUUUCCCUUUUCAGUAACAUUGUUUGGAACUGCUUGUCAAUGUUUUUGAGGUGUUGAGAGGCAAAGGCUGGGGCUCGUUAAGGUCCUCCGCACCUCUCAAUCUUUCUCUCAGACCUUCCCUACAGCUCCAGUGGCCUCUGCACUGAUUCUGUCAGCAGUUGGUCCUUCUCUCCGCCUGUGUGGAGGUGGGGCUGUCCUGGCUGAGACUCGUGCUCUGCAGUGUGCUUGCCAGAAAAUGUUGUUGCUAACCCACCAGUUUCUUCUGGGAGAUCGAAGCCAGGCUCCUGGUUGGCUGGAAGGGACAUUUUCAAUUUUCUCUCUGUCACUUGGGGUGUGGUGGCUCUCAUGCUUUCCUAAUAAACUCAACUUCAUCUGA